AAAGUGCAGCAAACUUCAGACUCAUUGACUGCAGGCUUAACAAGCGUCGGGGCUUUUCUUCUUUCUGCAGCUCGCAAGGAUCUUUGGAUUUUGCAAACAGUUCCAAGAAAACAAUGGCCAACUUCUCCUUAUGGACAGUUUUUGGAUUAUGUUUGCUGAAGCUCUGUCUAGCAGAAACAGAAUUCAAUGUAAGUUGCAGAUAUGGAGGAGUUUUUCAUGUUGAAAAAAAUGGUCGCUACAGCCUCACACGAUCUGAAGCAGUUGAACUCUGCAGAGCUCUCAACAGCACCUUGGCAACACUAGAGCAGCUGAAGAAAGCUCAUGAGCUUGGAUUUGAGACUUGCAGGUAUGGUUUCGUGGUGGGGCAUGUUGUUAUCCCCCGGAUCAAUCCCUAUCAUCUUUGUGCAGCAAAUAACACUGGCAUUUACAAACUCCCAGCAAACACAACUGCUCGGUAUGAUGCAUACUGUUACAAUGCAACAGAAACAGAGGAAAAAACAUGUGAGCCAGUUGUGAAAAUAGAUACUUCCUUACUCAGUAAUCAGGAUGAAACAGUCAUUGACAACGCAGACGGCUCCCGUUUCAACCCGGACGGCACACGUCACACCGGUGGAGAGUCCUCCACCUCAGGGGUGGAUGAUGAAAAUGCAGGCAGUGGAUCAACUCAUGAGACAACCCCCAUGGAUGCCUCCAUCAGCAGGUCCAGCCCCUUGUAUUAUGGAAGUCCUACUCCAGUCUCACAGCUGCCAGAUCAUUCUUCUGGAGGAGGUGAAAAAGAAAAUAUUGGAAAAGACUAUGAUGAUGAAUUUACAUCUGUAUCACCUGACAUCUCUUUCGCGACGGUGGCUGAUGAUGUCCAUGAAGAAGGUGACGGACAGUAUCCUGCAAGUACUAGUAAGAUUUAUGUUUCAUAAUAACUACAUUACACACUGAUCACAUUAAAACUGCAUUCUUCUUCCAGAAGGCCGUUCUGGUAAGUGGUGAAGUAUACAACGUCUCAAAAAUUGGAAAUACAUUGAAAUAGAUUACUUUCUAGACUGGUUAAGGGGGAAAUGAACUUCACUUCUGAGACAAGGGGAGCAAAAUCAUUUACAGUUUGUUUGCUUUUAUGCUUGUACCUGAGCUCAGAAAGAUUGCUGGUUCGGGUUUCCCACAGCUGUUUAUUACUUUAUGAGGAAUCACAAAUUAAUACAACCUAUUAUCACUUGAAGUCAGUUUAUUUCUGAGGUAAAAAAAGGAUAUUUUUGUAUAUUUGCGCUGUUAUUCUAAUAUAUUUGUGGUUGUGAAUGUGGAUAAUCUGUGUCAAAACAUUGGCUCUGCUAGCUAAGGCAGUACUUUAUAUGGUAGUUCCAGCUACCAAGCCAUUUGUGCACUGCAAAAACAAAUUUCAUCCUCACUGUUGGCAAUAUGCAUAAGAAAAAACUGGGGACUGUGGUGGCUCCACAGUCUUUGAGGACCCAAAAGAACAGUAUCUAUUUUCUCUUCUUUGUCCUUAAAUAGCUGUACUUUGUUGGAAAAACUGCUUGUGAUGUUUUUAUCAAAUAUGUAGUGUACAGCAGCUGCAAUAAAUAAAAAGCUUUUGAAGUCCUCUUCCACAUUUUAAAGUGGAAAUAAUGUACAUAUGUUCACACUAGUUCUUAUGGCUAGAGUGAUAAAGAUCUUUGCCUCAGAAAAUAAAUUGAACCUAAAGGGAGAACAUUUUAAUUAUACAGAGGAAAUCUACAGAGGCGUGUUGUAGUAAAGAUCAAACUGAUAGAAAUGAAAGUUCCUUCUCAUUGGCUCUUUUCCUUUUUUUUCCCCCAUCAGGGGAAUCCAUGUUGCUUGGUUGUCUGUUGGUUGCUGAUAGUUGGUCAAAUAGCCUGAGUGACUUGGAGAAAUGGUGCCUUCAUCACUGUAUUUAGAGGAAGAAUGAUUGUAUGCAUUACAGUUAGCAAAAACUUUGCUAAAAGACAUAAAUUAUUAAACCCAAGCAUCUUUUCUCAGAAGACCUGAAGACUAGUAGCACCUCAUAACUAUAUAGAUAGAAAAAGAAAUAUUAGGUUGAUUUUACCCCCAACCUUGAAAAAAAGUAGAGAAUUUUCUGGUACUUGUUUGCAUUGAAAGCUUUUGUUACAAAAUAUUGCCUGUAAGGGGUGGAGAUUUCAGAAAAUCCCACCUGGUAGUAGUGGGCAGUUUGGUGACUCUGGUGGUGAUUUUUCCUUCCUAUAAGUUUGCUUUUGUGUGCACAUGUGAUUUAAUGUUUCCUUGUGCUGGUGUUCUUGUACCCACUGCAAAAACCUGUGCAUUGUUUCUGUACAGGAAAAUUUUCUGUUUUAAUUUUAAUACUUGAUUAUCAAAUGUAUUGGUCCUAAAUACGUAUGUCCCUUCCUCUUGCUAAAAUUUCUCUCUCAUGGACAAGACUGUUUUACAGAGGAAAAAGUGGAGAUAUUUAAGAUCUGAAAAGAUCAAAGAAACUAUAGAGCAAAGUGAUAAAAUGUGUCAAUACUGAUAAAUGUGUAUCAUAAAAGUGAUAACAUUGGCAUGUUUGUUUACAGGGUUAGGAUUGAUAAACUGGUUCUCUGGAAACAAAAAAAAAAAAAAGAUAAUGAAAGUAAUGCUCCUGGGCUUUUCUGGUAGCUUUGGCUGUUACCCAGCAACAUCACUUUAACACAGAAGUGUUUAACUCAUUUAGUUUAAUUUUACUGCAUUAUAGAUGAAUCAGUAACCUAGCACUCCUUUUAGAAAGACAUAAAGUAUAACCUAUGCAUCUCUCUGAGAAGUCAGCAAAUGUUCAGUAGCACAGAAGGUGACAUGGAAAGCAGUCCAAAAUAGAAGGAAUAAAGCCAUGUCCCAAUAUCUGUUACUUAGUUUGUAUGGCAGUGCAGGCUCAGUGGAAUAUCCUGGCCUGAAUUUAAUUUCCCAGAGAAAAAUCCCACAGACAGGGAAGUAGAAAAUUAAGAAGAAAAGACAAGUAUUUGUCAUAUAUCUUCAGAUAGAUGCCUGAAAAUCUAUCUGUCUAUCUAUCUAUGUAAUUCUGUAGUGUGUUAAAGUGAGAAACAAAAUUGGUGGCUCUCCACUGUACUACAAUUAAUUUGUAAAGUUUUUUUAAAAUAUAUAUAGCUUAAUCUAAAGAAUUCUGUGCUAUGGAUUGAAAUGAGCAAUUUGCACAGCUUCUUGUUCUUCAGAUGAUACAGAAUUAAUUCUUUCUCUGGAUUUGGUCAUCACUGGUGGUGUGCUCCAUCAAGUUAAUGGGCCAGAUUAAUACAACAUCAGCACUUUACCACUGACUUUCUCUCCUCACCCAAACAGGUUUUACUCUUUGUUAUUAGUAAAUUAUGAUUCACCUCUAGGUGUGCCACCUCUAGGACUCCUUAUUGAUUAAUGAGCUACGUACAUGAACAGUAAUUUGACUGAUUAUUUUCAUCCAUAUAUGAUAGAAAAAUUUAUGUCUAUUUGCAUACCAAUACCUAUUUGAAUGCAUAGUGGAAGACAAGGCUGUAGAAUCCUGUAAUUUUUCAAAGCAGAAACAUCUUUCCAUUCAGAAAUAUUUAUCACAAAUGUGUAGAACUUAAUGUCUGAUAUGCUGUGUUGUGAGGAAAUGUUGUGGAUUGGUAAUGUGAUAGGAGUAAAGCAGGGCUUUGCUCCAUAUGAUGUACUAAUGCCUGCCUGGAAAGUGGUUCUGGUGUAAAAUAACCUGCCAGCAUCAGGUCAAGGGGAGUGCAUGUGCCUUUUGAAUGGCCUCAGUUCGGACCUCAGAUUCUUGGCAGCACUGGCUUUGUGGAUACUUCUUAGAUCUUUUGAUUUUUUUGUCAUCUUGGUGGAUGUUCCUCAUUCUGGGCUCUCUUUCAAAGACUAUCUACUCUCCUGCUGUCAGAGCUUGUGAACUCAUUAACCUUCGGGAGCAUGGAGGGGUGAAAAGGCCCACAAGGCUUUUUGGUGGCUGCUCUCAAGGGAGCAUGUUCUUUCCUGGGACUGCCAAAAGUGCUUGCAUCUGGCUAGGCAUUGGAGGAAUGUAAUGACACCACGGGUUCAUACAUUCGCCCUGCUCUCACACCCAUCUCUGGGCAUGAGUCUGCUCAAGGUGCUGGUGGACUGGACUUUGCUGGAAGAAAAGUUGCUCAAGAAAUAAUCACAAGAUCUUGGUUAAAUGAGCCAUGUCCUAACAGCUCCAG